AUGCCAUUUGAACCCGAGGAGGUGCCCUCAACAGCAUUGCCGUAUUUCGAAGAUUCAACCACCGAGACCGACGUUUGGGUGCCGUACUACAGCCAUGGCUGUACUUUUGGGCCAGAGCUGUUUUCUAGCAUCAUGAUGAAUAUGGUUCACAACCCCAACAUCAAUUCUACUUGGCUAUUUCGCGCAGAUAUCUUGUACGAUGAUGGCAACAUGGACGAGGUCACUACUUCCAACCGUGUGCCCGACACGGUCCAACCCGUCAUUCGAAGUAUCCCUCAUAUACCUCUGAAGCGCUCUUUAGUACGACGAUUGAUCCCCCGGAGCGAAAGAAGGGACAGCCCCCUCAAUCAAACCUGUACAUUCCAUGUCAUGAAUGAGUCAGAAACACUCGUCACGUCUUUGGUCAUAUAUAUUCCUCAUGUGGUGGCUAUGGAGCAUCUUCCCUUCUAUCACCCAAAGGUCCGAGGAAUUGCACACCUUCAUCAGUGGAACACCAAUUCGUGUUCUGGAACAAUAUCCGUUCAUUUUCUUGGGGGUUCGCCAAGUGACCUUUUGGAUGCCAAACUGGGUCGAAUUGCCUUUCAUCUUCUUGAGGUUCUUCACAGACAUGGCGAAGGAGCUGUGCAAGGUUACGUCAAAAGGGUCCAUCAUGAUCUCGUUAUACCCCAGGCAAGAUUUCAAAAUCGAUAUGCUCAACUAAAGAGCAAAUAUUCACGCCGACUGGUCGACACCUGGGCUGAGAGUACCGACCCUGGCAAACACGUAUUUGAAGAUAUUGGCAUUGCUGCUUUCUUAAUUGAGCUAUGGGCAGACAUGUACGAGGGAAAAGAAUUCCCUGGUUUCGUUGACAUAGGGUGUGGAAACGGCCUACUCGUAUAUCUCCUUACACAAGAGGGUUAUAACGGUUGGGGUUUCGAUGCGCGGCCCCGCAAAUCAUGGGCCAACUACACAACUCCAACGACCAUGUCACCAUCCGGGAAAUCUCUUGAGGAAAAGCUUCUAUUGCCCGGCAUAAUACCACCCCACAGAGACGGAAACAACCCCUCUCAACCACCACACCCCGCUAAUAUCCACGAUGGAGCCUUCAAAUCGGGUACAUUCAUCGUCUCAAAUCACGCCGACGAACUGACGCCUUGGACGCCUAUCCUCGGCACAAUCUCCAACUGUCCCUACAUCAUGAUCCCCUGCUGUAGCCACAGCCUGACUGGGGAGAAAUACCGACCGCCCCCACCAAGGGACAAGUCGAAGCCAAAGUCAACAUAUGCCUCACUGGUUGACUGGGUAUCCCAGAUUGCAGAAGAUUGUGGUUGGCAACCAGAAACUGAAAUGCUACGCAUCCCGAGCACAAGGAAUACGGGAAUCCUAGGUCGUCACCGAACCAAGGCAGCUGCUGACAUAGAUAUACACGCCAUAUUACACAAGUACGGCGGUGUGGAGGGAUACUAUGAAAAUGUAGUGAAACUGGUCAAGGCGGGGCCACGAUCACACUGA